AUGGGCAAGUUCUACGGGUCCAUUUCAGACGACCUACGUGACUGGGCCCUACGCCAAAGCGUUUUCUUUGUGGCUUCUGCUCCUCUUCGUGGCCGACAUAUCAACCUUUCUCCAAAGGGUUUACCCGAUUCUUGCCUUGCGGUCCUCGAUCCAAACCAGGUAGCGUAUAUCGAUUCAACCGGGUCUGGCUGCGAAACCAUCUCCCACGUGCGCGAAAAUGGUCGCAUUACCUUGAUGUUCUGCUCGUUUGAUGCGUCUCCUCGUAUCCUGCGGCUGUUCUGUACUGGUACUGUUAUCGAGUGGGACCAGCCCGAGUUUGGUCGAUGUCUACAGCGCAUGGGGAAGCCUCCCAUUGUGGGAGCGCGCGCUAUCAUCCAACUUGACGUUUUCAAGGUUCAGACCUCCUGCGGUUAUGGUGUCCCACUAUUGACCCUAACUAACGAUCCCGAAACCGACAAAUCCAGCCCGUAUCUUCAAGACCGCCAGACACUAGGCCACUUUGCUACCAAAAAGGUUAGUGCCGGGCAGAUGCAAAAAUACCAACAAGAAUGGAAUUCCCGCAGCCUAGACGGGCUCCCAGGUCUUCGAUCUGCGCUGAAAGAUAGCGGCCAUUAUACUUGGCAGUUGGAGUUAGAAAAUUGGUUCAGUCAACACUGGAACGAGGUUCAGAUAUUGAAGUCGUUGGCUUUAGUGUUCUUUGUGUUCGUGGGGUUUAUGGCAAUAAGGUGGGGCAAGUUGUAA